AUGGCGGCGGCGCUGCGGGGCCAGGAGGCGGCGGCGUGGUCGGAGGAGGCGGCGCGGCUGGUCUGGGGCGGCGCCGUGCCGCUCCAGGUCCACCUCCACGACGCCGACGUCACCGCGCUCCCACCGCCCCCGCCCUUCCUGACUUUAGGGCCAAGAAUUGGGUAUUUUCCAUUGUUGGUGUCGACUAUAAAGGCUCAUUUCAGCAGCUCACUCCCACCGGGUGUUGAUACUGUUUGGUUUGAGUAUAAAGGGCUGCCACUGAAAUGGUAUAUACCCAUUGGUGUUCUUUUCGACCUUCUCUGUGCAGAUCCAGAAAGGCCAUGGAAUCUAACGGUUCAUUUUAGGGGGUAUCCUGCAGAUAUAUUAUCGCCAUGUGAAGGUGAAGAUAGUGUAAAGUGGAACUACAACAAUUCCCUGAAAGAGGCUGCCUUCAUCAUAACUGGAAACAGCAAGAAUGUGAUGAAUAUGUCCCAGGCUGAUCAACUUGCUAUGUGGGAAUCAGUGAGGAAAGGUGACUUGGAUAGUUAUAUGAAUAUCUCUACCAAGCUUAAGCUUGGACCGUUUGAAGAGGAUUUCUUAGUACGGACUUCCUCGUUAGAGCCUCGACAAGGUUCUGAUGAGCCUGAAUCUCCUGGAUCUGUCAAACCAUGCAGGGUACCUGUUCGAUUAUACGUGCGCAGAGUUCAACAAGACCUUGAGGAUUUAGAAGAUGCGAAGCCCGUCAGUGACUGGGAAAGUGUAUCCUAUAUAAAUCGGCCAUUCGAGAUCCGGAAGGAGGGAGGUAGAAGCUACAUUGCCUUGGAACAUGCCUUGGAGACGUUGCUACCAGAGUUCUUCAGCUCGAAGCUUACGGCUAGAGCUGCUGAUCCUGAACCUGGGGCGACGACACCAGACUCAGAACCCGACGAUUCAGGUACCAGUCCAGGCACUCCUCAUGACGAGAAACCAGCUUCGGCGAGUCCGCAAGAGACAGAUGUGGCCAAGAAGACCAAACUGAAGCUGGUGAGGGUGCAAGGCAUCGAGCUCGACAUGGACAUACCAUUCCUUUGGGUGGCCAACAACCUGAAGAACCCCGAAUGCUACCUCCAUGUUUGUGUAUAUGUUGGGGCAUGA